UUAAUCUCUGUGAGACAGAGGCACACGGAAACGGAGAUGGGGACGAGCAUGUCUUUCAAGGAAGAGUUCCUUUUCGAGCAGAGAUACGAGGAAUCACGUGACAUCCUCGCCAAGUACCCCGACCGAGUUCCCGUAAUUGUGGAAAGGAAUUCAAAAAGUGAUCUUCCUGAGAUGGAAAAGAAAAAAUACCUUGUUCCUCGAGAGAUGUCUGUGGGGCAGUUCAUUCACAUUUUGAGCAGCAGACUUCAUCUGGACCCUGGAAAAGCUCUCUUUGUAUUUGUGAAGAAUACCUUACCUCAAACCGGUACUUUGAUGGACUCUGUUUAUGGAUCUUUCAAGGAUGAGGAUGGAUUUCUAUACAUGUGUUACAGCACAGAGAAAACCUUCGGUUAUGCUACAAACCAUAUAUGUUUUGGGAUAUAGCUCUACAGCCUCUACAUCAUCAUCUAUCUUCUAAAUUUUAUUAGCAUGUAAUGUAAGAAUGAAAAAAGUUAAAUUCUAUGCACACUAAACUUUUUGACGCUUAGGAGCUGCCAUUGUCUUUUCAUGUGUUUUCCUGGGAAACUUCUAGUCAGUCAUCUUUAAA